AUGAGACCCGCGGCGGCGGCGGGACCCCAGGAGGCGCGCGGCCGCGGCUGUCACUGUCCCGUGGACGGUCGGGAAAGACCACCUCCGCCGCAUGGGCCCGAGAGCUCCAUACUCUGGAGACCUUGGCGCCUCACAUCGGAAGAUACUGGACUGAGGAGACCAGGAAGACAGAUUGAGCCGGGGGGUGACCAACAAACGUUUGGAUCGAAGGGAGCCUUUGGGUUCCAGCAUCCUGUAAGACUUUACUUGCCCAUCUCAAAGCGUCAAGAAUAUCUUCAGAGCUCCGGGGAGAAAGUGCUGGCCAGUUUCCCAGUGCAAGCCACCAUUCACUUCUACAAUGAUGCAUCUGAUUCAGAAGAUGACGGAGAAGGAGAGGAAGAGAUCCAGCCCCCUGGCCUUCAGUGCCAAGAGGCAGAAGGCCCUGAGGGAAGAGAUGACAGACAGGCCUGUAAGGUAAACUAUGGCACUAGGAAGGUGACAAGCGAUAACUACAUCUUCGUGUCUGUGAAUAAGUGA